AUGCCAGCAUCGACUCAUCCCGGCCGCUCACGCAACGGCAACUGGAUCAUCGCCAACAGCGGCAACGUCUACUACCGCACCGACGGCAACACCCACCACGGCCCCUCUCACGGCCAGCCUCAGUCCCAAGCUCAGGCCCAAAGUCAGGCCCACGCCCAGGGUCAGCCUCACGGCCGCCCGCCGACCUUCGCCGACGGCGGCUGCUUCCCGGCCCCUCUGAUCGGCCCGAGGCGCUCGCGCCCGCACUCGAUUCACAUCACCACCUACCCGCCGGGCUACGUGCCGCGCGAGUUGCGUCCGAGGUCGGGCAGGUCGAGGUCCCAGACCCUCAAGGUGAGGACGAACUCGAGGGCCGCCGCCGAGCAGCACCGCCGCAGCAUCGCCGCCAUGCCUUCCGCCGCCGCCGUGCCUUCCGCCGCCACCAUGCCUUCCGCCGCCGCCGGUGCGUCGUCGGCCGCCGCUCGCCACCACGCCGCCGCCGCCGACCUCGCGACCCCCACGUCCCCGACGACGGCGGGCACCCACGACUCCUACGGCUACGCGAACACGACGACCACCACUUCGUCCGCCCUGUCCCCCUACGCCACGGCCCCCGCCAACUCCUACUUCCCCUCCGCCGCCGUCAGCACCAACGCCGACAACACGACGGCCGCCAGCGCCGCCGCCGCCGCCGCAGCCCGCGCGACCGACCCCCCUCCCCCCGUCGUCGCCGCGAAGCACUCGCUCGCCCGACCGACCGUCCUGAGCAAGCUGCUGCAAUCAUUCUCCUCCAAGCGGUCCUCGGCCGCCUCCCCGCAGGUGGCCGCCGCCGCCGCCGCCGCCGAUGCCAGUCGGCAGCUGGUACCCCCUCCCCCAGCGUACGACGACGUCAUCCCCAAUCCGGAAUACCACCCCCUACGCAUCGACUCCACCGGCGCGGCACCCGUCACGACGGCGACGCCAAGCACGGCGACCACGACCGCCAACUCCUCCUCCUCCUCCUCCUCCUUCUACGCCGGCAACGCCUACUCGCCCACCUCUCCCUCCCCGUCCCCCUCGUCCCCCUCCAACGUCGUCAACCUCGCCGACGCCGGCGGCCUCGCCAUGGCCGCCGCGCCCGCGCCCGCCGUCCCCCGAGGAGCGCCCGACACGUCCUCGUCGGUCGCCCCCAUCCCCCGUAGCCGGAACCGCAACAGCAUCAUGUCGGUCCGCUCCACCAAGUCGGCCGUCGCCUCCCUCGGCGCCGCCGCCGACGUCUCGAAGCCCGUCGCCUCUGGCAGCGGCGUCGCCUGCUCCAUCCUCCUCGCCGAGCCCAACGUCUUCCUCUCCGGCUUCAGCCACGACAGCAACGUCCAGCGCGGCGAGCAGAGCGGCACCGCCCUCCUCCGGGGCAGGCUGCAGCUCAAGGUGAGCAAGAACGUCAAGCUCAAGGCCAUCCAGCUCAAGCUCGUCGGCCGCGCCCGCACCGACUGGCCCGAGGGCAUCCCGCCGCUCAAGCAGGACGUCUUCGAGGAGGAGAGCCUGCGGACCCAGGUCCUGACCUUCUUCAACGCCAUGAACGACGGCUGGGAGACCGAGUACGGCGACCAGUGCUCCUACCGCCUCCGCGCCGUGCCCGCCGACGCCGCCGCGCCCCCCCUGCCCGCCGGCCCCCUGCUGUCCUCGUCGGCGUCGGCGGUGCAGCAGAGGAGCGGCCUCAGCGCGAGGGAGCUCAAGCGCCUCUCCCUCCAGAGCGUCCACACCCGCAGCUUCGGCAAGGGUGACCACGGCACCACGGCGACGCAGGCCAAGGGCUACAAGGUCUUCUACCCCGGCGUCUACGACUACACCUUCGAGCUCCCCAUCGACCACCACCAGCUCGAGACGACCAAGCUGCGCUACGGCUCCGUCCGCUGGGAGCUGCACGCCACCGUCGACCGCGCCGGCGCCUUCAAGCCGAACCUCCACGGCAUGAAGGAGGUGUCCAUCGUCCGCCUGCCCGACCAGAUGUCGCUCGAGACGACGGAGCCCAUCUCCAUCAGCCGCCAGUGGGAGGACCAGCUGCACUACGACAUCGUCAUCUCGGGCAAGAGCUUCCCCAUCGGCUCCAAGAUCCCCAUCGCCUUCAAGCUCACCCCGCUCGCCAAGGUGCAGGUCCACAAGAUCAAGGUCUACGUGACCGAGUCGGUCGAGUACUGGACCAACGACAGGCGCGUCGCCCGCAAGGACCCCGGCCGCAAGAUCCUCCUCGUCGAGAAGUCGGCCGGCAAGCCGCUCGACCCCACCUGGGCCUCGUCCGAGAUCAACACGGUCCGCGGCGGCGAGCCCAGCGCCGAGAGCCGGCGCGAAGCCCGCGAGGUGGCCCAGCGGAGGCGCAUCACCGACGCCGCCCGGAGGCGCACGAGCCCCGAGCCGCUGCCGGAGCCGGCGGCGAACCUGCUGGGCGACCUCGACCUCGGCCUCGAGAGCAUGUGGGGUUCCACCGAGAUCGAGGCCAACGUCCAGAUCCCCACUUGCGAGAUGAUGGCCAAGAACAAGGACCUGGCCCUGCACCCGGACUGCAGCUGGAAGAACGUCAACGUCUACCACUGGAUCAAGAUCGUCAUGCGCAUCAGCCGCCCGGAUCACGAGGAUCCGACCGGCACGCGGCGGCGACACUUUGAGAUUAGCAUCGACUCUCCAUUCACCGUCCUCAAUUGCCGGGCCACGCACGCCAACACGAACCUCCCGGCCUACGCGGGCCCGACCUGCCAGCCGUCGCCUUUCCAGGCCGCCUGCGGCUGCCCGGAUUCCGCUUCGGUCAUGACCGACAUCUCGCCGAGCUCGUCGACGGGAACGCUGGCCGGCGGCGCCUCGGUCGAUCAUCUUCCCGUCUUCCCGCAGAGUGCCCACCUACCCCAUGGCGGUGCCCUCGGCGACGCCGGCCCGGCCCAGCACGCGUCCCACGGGCUCGGCAUUCAAGGAGAGCCGCGACCGAUUCACCUGAUGAGGGCGCCAAGCUUCGACCCCCCGGCCUUUGACGACGACGUUGCGCCGCCUCCCGCCAUCGUCGUCGAGCGCCCCGACGCCGCCACGCCCCCCCCUCACUACGAUGCCGUCGUGGGGACGCCGAGCGUCGACGGCCUUGCGGACUACUUUUCGCGACUCGCCAACCACGGCCUUCGCGACGAAGACUCUGCUUCCGACUCGGACGAGCAACCGCCGAGGAUCUUGAACCGAAGUGGUCGAGUCAACGUCCUCCACCCGCGAACCCCCGGUGGACGCAUGCCGAGCAGGAGCAUGGAGAUAUCGCGUCCCCAGUUUUUGACCACCCUGCCGAUGCGGAGCGAUGAGGUGUAA